CAAUUCUAUCCCUAUCCUACCUUCCUAGAAGAAACCUUGCAGAAAGGCAGCAGCAGCAUUUCCCCCUUUCACGACCUAAUUAUUACCUGUAUCUUAGUUGUCUUUCAAUGGCCUCUCUUUCUCGGAAAUCUCAACUCAUCUCCUUCAACCUUUCUCUAUAUAUUCCAUUCCAAGCUCCCCCAGACAUUCCAUUCAAUCAAACACAAUCAAAUUCUCCAAACAUUUCCCAGAUUUUGCUUUCUUCCCUCUUGUUUCUUUUUUUUUAUUACCAUCAACCAUGUCUGCAAUUCCUCCACCAGCUUCACAAAACUCAUCGUCAUCAGCUUCGGGUUUCCAUGAUUUCCUGCCCGUGAUGGCCGACAAGCUCGGAGGGGAAGGUCUGAUAGGGGAGCUGUGCAAUGGGUUCAGCCUGUUGAUGGACGGUGAAAAGGGGGUCAUCACUUUCGAUAGCCUGAAGAAGAAUUCGGCACUCUUGGGGUUACAAGACUUGACCGACGAUGAUCUGAGGUCCAUGAUGAAAGAAGGUGAUUUCGACGGCGAUGGCGCGCUUAACCAGAUGGAGUUUUGUGUGUUGAUGUUCAGGUUGAGCCCUGAGUUGAUGGAAGCUUCUUGGUUUUUGUUGGAGGAAGCUUUUGAGCUUGAAUUCAAGGAUUGUUAUUGAUCCUUUUUAAUCCUGAAUUUGUCUUCUCAGUGAGAUUGUUGAAUAUACAAAGAGAAUUUAUUUA